AUGGCGGCCAUCACUCACGCAGCAGUCUCUGCGUCGGCGGGAAGCGGUGGUGGUGGUGGCGGGAGUGGCAGCGCGAGCUCUUCCGAUCAUCGAGUAGGCCCUUAUGAAAUUCUCAAGGAGAUCGGAAAAGGUUCGUUUGCAGUGGUGCACAAGGGUUUGGUCAGACCGCCGGAUGCACCACGCGCAAGGGAUCUGGCCAUCAAGAUUGUCAGCAGACGCAAGUUGACCACCAAGCUGCUGGAGAAUUUGGAAGGGGAGAUCAGCAUCAUGAGGAACAUUAGACAUCGACACGUCGUUGAGCUGCUCGACUGUCUCAGCACCGACGACAGGAUAUACCUCGUCAUGCCCUUUUGCUCGGGCGGCGAUCUCAGCUUUUACAUUCGCAACGCUCCAAAGGCGGCGGCGGCGGCGGCGGCGGCUGAGCAGCAAGCGCUAGCAUGCGCAGCCACCGCAGAGACAGGGAAGAGUAGGAGGAGCACUUCGAUCGACAGGAGCGCUGUGACCGCCGAGAUGGAGUACAUGCACCACGAGGAUGGAGGACUGAAUCACGUCGUGAUCAGAAGCUUCUUGGAACAGUUGGCAGGCGCACUCGAAUUCAUGCGUGAUCGCAACAUUGUGCACAGAGACAUUAAACCUCAAGUGAGUGGUCGCAGUGGGUGGAUGUGUGCGAUGACCAAGGUGGCUGGCGCGUGGCAUACUCGGGGCCAGCUCCCUUGUUUGACGGAGCUGCCCCCUCGGCCUGAGGCGCACACAUCCAGUCAGUGCUGACCAGUAGACUCGCUCGUCGUACUCCGGCUGCAGAAUCUGCUCUUGCAGCCCGCCGACGAAGAAUUUUUGGCCGCUGGUCACAAGCCUGGCAUCCCACAGCUCAAAGUCGCAGACUUUGGUUUUGCCCGCAAUCUCCCCACAGCCACCCUUGCCGAGACGCUAUGUGGAAGCCCGUGAGUAGACGUCGUUGGGAGGAAGAUGAUGCGAUGCGCCGAGCUCACACCAACUCGAUGCACAGGCUUUACAUGGCGCCUGAGAUUCUCCGCUAUGAAAAGUACGAUGCCAAGGCGGACUUGUGGUCGGUAGGAGCGGUGCUGUACGAAAUGUGCGUGGGCAAGCCGCCUUUCAGAGCGCAGAAUCCGGUGGAGCUGCUGCGCAAGAUUGAACGAGGCGAAGAUCGCAUACGCUUUCCCGAUGAGCGCUCGGAUGGCUCCUUGGCGCGCGAGAGGGAGAGAAGGGAAGAGCUCGGCGAGACGAAUGUGGAUGUGAAGCGCGCUCAUUCCAUCCCGGCGGACAUCAAGGCGCUGGUGAGGUGCCUCUUGAGGCAAAAGCCGAUGGAGCGAGUAUCUUUCGACGGCUUGUUCAGAUGCGAUGUGAUCGAAGGCGUCAGAGAAGAGAUGCGCCAAGUCGUGGCUGCUGCUGCUGCCGCCACGGCAAAGAGCAAGGCUUUGGCAGAUCAAGCCACGACCUCCGCAGAAGCUACUUCUCAGCCCUCCAGCGCCAAGCUUAUACUUGCAGUUCCAGAGCAGAUGGCGCCGUCGCUUCCGAAAGCAGCACACAAACCGUCAUCGUCCUCAAAGGUGACUGUUUCGCCUCCCACCCCCAUCAAGCGAGGCUUUGCCAGCAAGUAUAUUCUGGGUGGCAAUCACGCACACCGUACGAAUGCGGUGGAGACAAAAGCCAGAAUGGCGCAGCCGAGCAUCGCAGCGCCGACGCCUUCAGGUAUGGAAGAUAAUGCAAGCGACACGCCCGGCUCGAGCGUCAGCAACUUUCCCAUCCUCGCAGCUACAGCCAAGGCAUCCAGCUCAGACUCUCCGGGAACAGGUGCUUCGACUCCGCUGGAUCUUGCUGGUUCGGCAACUCAGCCCUCGCCUGGUGACAGCGGACUGCUGGGCAAGGAUGCGUACGUGAUCGUGGAGAAGCGCAACAUCGAGACCAAUCCGGAUGGGAGCGUCGGCGCAGGACUACUCGGCGUGGGCCGAAGACCCUCCAGGUUGGGUAGACUUAGCAGCGGCAUAGCAGCUCAACUCCUUCCUUCCGCAGCUGCAGUCACAGCAACAGCUACAGCUACGCCAUUCUCCGCAGCCAAGACUAUUGAUGAAUCUGGACAGCGCGCUCGAAUUUCCCCUUCAAACAGAUCAUCGCCCACCGCAGUAGAGGGCGCAACGCCCAGCUCGCCAGCUGGCGGAGCUUUUGCCCUUCCCUCGGGCACUGUGCGGCGUCCUAGCUUGAGCCAUCGCCAGAGCACCUCCAGCGCUACCAGUCCCAGCCCUCGCUUACUGCCUGUCGCUUCAACAACGCCUGCUCCUGACCCCGCAGCGCCACAGACCGCGCCGGCUGCGAUCUCGACGACAACAGCUGCGAACCCGCAGUCUGCUUUGGCGCGCGCGAUCAGCAUGGCAAGCGUGAGGCUGUUUGGCAUUCCUACUGGCAUGAACAUGCGAGGAGCAGCUGCCUUGGCCAGGAAUCGGAGCACAAGACGAGCAGCGCUCAUGAGAUCGGGCGAGCAUUCGGACGGUGCGGAAGCGGGCUUGCUAGCGAUGCUCGAAGAUCUUUCGCAAAAGUCGUUUGUGCUCAGCGAAUUUGCGGAUUCCAGGCUGGCACUUCACUUUCCGACGGGACCUCAUCAGGCCGGCUUGAAUGGAGAAGCUUCGAAGGACUGUGCACUCGGCUCCUCGAGCGUCUCCACGGCUGUCAACAAGUCCACUCAGCCAUGGAUGGGAUUGAGAAGGAGCAGCUCUGCCAAGGCCUCUCCUGGCGCUCCUGCCGCAAGCUACUCUCCAACUUCUCCUCCAUCUCAGACUAUUGCACUACCUUCAUCGGCAGGAGAGACGGUUGCUGCGGAGGCACUGCUUCUGUAUGUGCGUAGCUUGAGCUUUUUGCAACGAGGUCUGGAUGCCGUCAAAAUUUUUUGGGAAGCUCGUUCGCGUCCUGGCUACCCCGCCGCAGCAAGUUCGGACGUCAAUGAGGGUGAGUAUGCAUGUGCGCCGCCCAAUGCUUCAGCAACUGCACCAUCGCUCAUUCGAAAGGGUCGGUGUGGGUUUUGUUUUUUUUGUUUUUGCGCAGCUGUACAAUUUUUACGCGCACGCUUCAACGACGGCUACGAGAGAGCCGACUUUGCGAGGGCGAGGUGCAGCGCGGAAAUACCGGACUCGGCGCGAAAUGUGGACAGGCUGAUCUUUGACAAGGCGCUGGAUAUCGCCAGAUGCGCUGCGCUAGACGAGUUGGAAAACAAUCAUGGACGCGCAGGCUCCGCUUUCGAGCUUCAGAGGUGCAUGCUGGCCUACGAGACCGCCAGCGGAUUGUUGUGCGGCUUGCUGGACUGUCCCAACAACGAAAAGGAGGAGGAGGAGGAGUCGGCAGUGGCGGCUGUUGUGCUUGGAAGCAAUGCUGAGCUGGGAGAUGCUGCUAUCGCUACGAUUGAAAAGUGUGAGUUCAGUCAGGCCUUGAGCGGAAUAUGGGGCAGCGGGACGCGAUGCGAUGCUGAUGCUGAUGCUGAUGCGUUAAAACUUCUCUGCUGCUGUAGUUUUGGCUUCUAUCAACAAGCGAUUGGCAGCCCUGCAGCGCUCUGCUGCUGCUGUCGAGAUGCCCGCCGCAUCGCAGGAGUGA